GGAGCGCCUUCCACAAAUGUCUGUGUAUCAUGUACUCAACGAAUAAAGCCCUAAUGCUUGUUUAAGAUGAAAAUCUCUCUCUCACUUCCUACGAAGUGAAAUUUAUGAUUUUUUUUAUAAGCUUCUUUAAAAUGUGAUGACUAUCCUCAUCUUAUGUGAGGUUGAUGUCGAUGAGGCACGCCACAUGUUCUAGUUGCUUUUCAUUUUCCUAUAGAUCUAACAAUAAAGUGGAUGGACUAGAGAAGAACGAUUCAUGUAGAAACUCAAUAUACCUGGAACACUACUUAGUUAUUGUUGAUGUUCUUAAGCUUUUUAAAUAUAUGUUUUGCAGUUUUGAAUAUUACUUAUUUUUCUCUAGUACAGUCACUGCUGGAAAGUGAGCGGAUUAUGGAUAUUCCGGUAGCACAGAGGAUGGAGCGGCAGGCAUCUCUUGCCAAAGAACACAAGGAGGAGUAUCAAGCAGCAAUAGAAAGGGCGAUCGCUUUGGAUGUUCCCCUUGCAUGCUCCCCUUCGUAUGGAACUUUCCAAGAGAUGGAUAAAGGAGAAAACUCGACUAGAACACAAGAUUGUUCUCUCACAUCGCCAGAGAGGCAAGAGAGCAGGGAUAAUCUGGCCAGGGUCAUUUCUGAUACGGACGAGUUGAGGAAAUCAAGGCUGGAGAAAUGACUUCAGAAGUAGCUCAGAAAACUACAUUCUUUUUUGGAAACGUACCUCUGUUACUUCACAAGUUCAGUAAUUUUCAUCAUUGUUGCAUGAUGGUAUACUAGGGAAUGAAAAUCAAAUUAAAAAAGAAAAAAAUGAUAUAUUAGAUUUUUCUUUUAGGGGUCAGGUUUAUUGGUACAAUGUAGGACACUAUUGUAUGAGACAACAAAUAAGGUUUUUUGUCACGGGCAUGUUUGUUACACUAUA